UCCACCAUUCGCAGUCGCGCAGAUUCGAGUCGUGCAUCAUGGAUCUUUCGUUCGUCAUCAGUGCUUUAUUCCUCGUGGGGAUGACGGAGGGAAGAAGGUUAUGUGAGAAUGCUGAGGAUUUCUGCGAGAGGCUUUUCAACAGGAAAGCUGGAGGAUAUCCCUGUCCGACUUCGCAUCUGGAAUGCGGAUCCUGCUUGGACGGAGGAGGAUUGGUCGGGUGGGAGGCACUCGGAGGUGUGUCUACGUAUCCAAGAAUCUCAAAUCGAUCUGGAUUCAGACCAUCUGGAUCAGUCGGAUCCCACUCAUCCCAGCGAUUUGGGCUCUGAAGAAACCGGAAUGUUAUGCUUAGGGAUGAACGUCUUGAAGAUAAUCGUCCCGAUCGUCGUCGUCUGUUGCCUUCUCAUCGCAGUCUGGCUCUGGCGGAGGAGUCGGAGUCGAACCUCGCAGAGAAGCGAGAAGUUAGAGCGGAUGGAGUCCGCCUUGUCCCCGUCCGCCGCCAGACUGCACCUACACCCUCCGCCUUCCUACGACCAAUGCAGUCCUCUGCGUUUCCAUGAAGAAGAAGCCAAGGAGACCGCUGCUGCAGCUCUGAAAGAAUCUAGGCCGAUCUCAGAAUCGGCAGAAGAGUUUCCUCUCCUACAAGCAACAAAGUGUCCCUCCCCGUGUCAAUCAGAACAAGGAAAAGACGAGAAAAGUACCGUGCACAUAGAAGGAACGACAACAGCGUCCUGGUCCUAUCGAGACGCAAUCAGCAGGCGCUGGGAGGAACUGCUUCAAAACAUGGACGUGGCGAAAGUGGAAGACCACAUGAUCUCGAAAAAUAAGCUACAGCUGAGCGAGCGGGAAGAACUGAACGUGGAGAUGGUGCGGAGGAGGCGACGAAGCGCCCUGCUCCACUAUGUGCAAAGCAGGGACCUGAAAGUCUUCGACGCAUUCUGCCAUGGCCUCGUCGCCGCAGGUCAAACUCACCUGGCGGAAAUGCUGCGCCAUCCUUCGUUACGACUUGAGUACUGUGAUUCUGAGCUGUAAUAGCC